AUGAUGCUGCUGAUCGUUAAAGCUCUUCUCAUUUUAGCAGCUCUAGAACAGUUUCUGCAGGAUCACAGAGCCGCCGCCGCCGCCGCCGCAGCUGCUGGGAAGAUAUUUCCACUGGGGAUGGAACACAAAUCCGUCGACGAUCAAUAUAAUGGCUGCAAAGGACAAAUGGCAAAUCUGGUUAAGACCAAAUAUCUGCCAAAUGAAUUGAAAAGCAAUUUUAAAUUUAAGCAAUACUGGCAAAACAGCGCAAAGGUUGUGAAGUAUGGUAAAGACCACUUAACUAGAGACCAUUUAAUCGCCAUUCACGUGUACACUGGCAAAUAUGUGUAUCGUCAGUUUAACGAAGAUACGCGUUACGGCAAAAACCAAUACAAGCACAAGAAAUACAAGUGGCAUGCGCUGCACUUCCUGUUGACCGAAGCGUUGCAGAUUCUGAAGAAGUCACACAAUAAAUGCUUUCAAACCUACCGCGGUACUACGGCUAAUUUUAAUAAGCAUGUUCUGAAUAAAGAGAUCCGCUUUGGUCAGUUUACGUCCUCCUCUCUUGAUCCGAAAAUAACACAAGGCUUUGGAUCGAAGUCCUGUUUUGAAAUUAUAACUUGUGAAAGCGCCGAGCUGAUGAAAUAUUCUCAGUAUCCUUACAUUAAAGAGGUGCUGAUUCCUCCAUAUGAGAAGUUUCGGGUCACCGCUGUCCGGACCAAACAGAAUUAUAAAAAUCUGUGGUGCGACACGGUGUACACUUUGAAGAGCGCUGGAAGAACAAGUUAUCUGAACUGUGAACUGAUCAAGAAACAUUAAAAUAAUAUCCAAGAGGUAAUCUUGUACAGUUGAAGACAGAAUUAUUAGCCCUCGUUGUCAGAUUGUCAUUCUUUCACCAUUCUAUUUACCAAGUGAUGCCCUAUUUAAAUAGUAUUUUUUUGAUUGUACAAUAGUUUGAUUUGUAGACAAACACUUGCCUACUUUGCCACUGUAAAAAAUAUCCAUACAUUUAGUCAUUCAAGUUUUUAUUUAGUAUUUUUCUCCUUUUAUUUAUGCUUCUAAAUUGCAUUAUGGGAUCUUAAUUUUUCUUCCAACAACUCUGAACCUUGAAAAGUUAAAAGGGACUUUUAUGAACAGUAUUAAUGGUUUAAAGUGACCUAUUGUCUGGGUUGGUGUUGUAUAUUUUAAUACAAACACCUUAUAAUAUACAGCCAGUUCAUUUUUUGUUAUUUUGCUGACUUACACUCCAUUUUAUUAGGUACACAUUACUAGUACC